AUGCCUGUGCGCAGCGAGGCGGCAUCGCUUUGGGCCGCCGCACAGCGGAAGGUAAGGAACCGCAUCAGCAUCCCUUUGACAGAUGGGAAACGACUGUCGGAUUACAGCAUCGGGCCCAAUUCCAAGCUCAAUCUAGUGGUCAAGCCCCUGGAGAAGGUGUUGCUGGAAGAAGGUGCUGCCCGGAGACUGGCCGACUCCCCACCUCCGCAAGUCUGGCAGCUGAUCUCUAGAGUCUUGGCCCGCCACUUCAGCGCAGCAGAUGCCAGCAGGGUCCUGGAGCAACUACAGAGGGAUUAUGAGAGGUCCCUGAGCCGCCUGACACUGGACGACAUCGAACGCCUGGCCAGCCGCUUCCUGCACCCUGAAGUGACCGAGGCUCCAGAGAAGGGAUUUUCCAAAUAGCACUGUGGGAGCAUGGGGAGGAGCCCCAGACCAGGCCACAGCUGCAUGUUGCAUUAAAUCUAUUCUCACGUUGUGGUUUGCCUCAUGAUCAUAGUCACAGCUGGCAUGUACCCGGCUGUUGCUCAGUGCUGGGCACGACUCAGGGCACUUGAUGUGGGUCUUUCUCCCACACCCGCAGAAGAGGUGAGGCCGCAUGGCGGAGACACCUGGCCGUGAACUGGGGGAGCCAGGUUCCAAGUCCAGCCAGCUUCUAGAAGUGCCUCAGUGUGAGAAAGAGAAGCAGGCUGUCUGGAGGGAUGGGCUUUAGUAUGUCACGUCUAGCCCUCUGGGAAUAAACCCGUAAGUAAUCCCCCCCCAAGCCUGAAAGGGAAGCAGCUGUCACCUGACCUCUGGCGGUUCUGGCAUAGCCCUCAGCCAGUCUCCCCAGGAGGCCAAGUGACUGCCAACCCAGGGACCCCUUAGCUGCUGCAGCCAUUGUGCAUUUGACAAAAGGAAAGGCAGAUUGGGCGCUGGGGAGCUGGAAAGUCACCCCCGUUCUGUGAUGUGACUUCAGGCAUGUCUCUGUACCACUUCAGUCCCCAACUGCUGACUCUGUACAGUGAGGACCACUCCUUGGACCUGAGUCAUUUUGCUCCGUCCUUACCCCAGCCCAGGGUGGGGAGUUUCUGCAGUGAUACCCCCUUGUGUCCCAUUAAACAAACAAGCCAAAAGUGAAACGAUGGCCAAGCAUGGCCCAGAGAUGGGGUGUCCUAGCCCUUGGGGGCACAGCGCUCCUCUGGAGCACCCUGUCUGCAUGUCCCCUCCUGGAAGCAUUAGGGCUGACAGGUGACUCAGCAGGAUGGUGUCAGAGCUGAGGCGGGCCUCAGCCUCCAUGCCUGGCGCUCACCCGCGUGUGGACAACGAACACUUGCCCUGCUGCCUGGGUUCAGGAGCUCUGCUUUGUGUACUUGUUGCCUGGAAGGAAGCCUUGGGGUGCCAGGGAGGGUGCCGGAGCAUGAGCCAGGUGGCACUGGUUCCUUCUUCACCCUGAGCAGUCCAUGCACCCUAGAGGUUGUCUAAACACCUGAUCCUUGGAGGAGGGCUCCCAGGGUGGUAGAGGCUGGAAGAGGCCACCGUUCUCAGUGUGGUCAGGGCCUCGCCUGCCUUCUCUGCCCAAGGCCCUCCUGCCUGGGCCUUGUGGGGCCAGUACUGGAUCCCCAGGCUUGAAAGAGGUCCCAGGAGCAAGGGCUUUGAAGAGCAGACAAAAGCUCCGGGCCCUCCCUGGGAGCUAGGAACAUCACACAGCAGGGCCCCACUUAGCAUAUGGCCAGAGAUCCGUGCUGCCACAGCAGUGUUCUUGCUUGUGUUGAGUUAGGAGAUUCAUCUUAGAAACUUAGCACUUGAGGUGAAUGGGAGACGUUUGCUUUUAUCCAAAUGCAAUGAUAUUAGCUAGGCUGCUUUCGGUUUCCGAUUGUUGGUUUAACAAUAAAGGAAAUUGGUUUAAUCCGUAAAGGAACUGUAUUGGCUUAUGAAACAAAAGUCCAGGGCUGUUGGCAGUGGAUGAACCAUUUCCCCAGAUACGCAGUUUGUCCCAAGGAUCAGACGGUGGCUGCCCGUGCUCUGCUGGAGUCCCAUGCUCGCUGGCAGGGGGGCACCCUCCCUCUGUAGUGCAGCUUCUGUCUCAGAUGCCCCCAGCAAAUAAACUUUGUCAUCUCCUCAGUCAGAA